CCGCAAGGCAGAGUUUUUGAAGUGAAGAUAGCCGCCGGACACUUGUGCUUGGAAGGAGGGGAUUCCGAUUAGAAUUUUGGACUUCAUCUUCUUGGGCGAUCAGCUUGCUUGACAGACGUGUAUGUGCUGCCUAUCAUAGGAGCUAUUCCAAGCUCUUGAUACACAGAUAGCAGUUCUCCACGUGUCGGAAGAUCGGUGCAGCAGCUGUCAGGGCUUGUUCCUGAAAUAAUGGAAUAUCGAAAUCCAUAAUUUGGGGAAUUUCUAGGUACCUUGAGGGAUGGAGGUUGCUUUUGCGCCGAAGGAAGCAGCAGCAGCACGGCCGGCCACCGGUCCAUCAGUUAGGAGCUCAUUUCUCAGGAUGGCUUGGUGGGAAGGCCUACGUAGGGCGAUUCAUCUGCUGCUUCGAGCUGCUGCAAGGUUUCGUCGCCUGCUGCAAGUCCUGGCGCGCCAACCCGGCACGUUGGUCCGUGCACUUUUCCGUUCACCGGGCUCACUGUUGAACCUUGUGCGGUGGGUCCUUUCCUCAAGACCGGCCCGCCUGCUACUAGCAACAGCGGCAUCGCUAAUCUGCAUAACGCUCCAGUACCAUCGCCCAACCGUUGCCGAUAUUCAACUGUCGUCCUCCUUGUCUCUCCUGUUCGGGAUGUUCAGGUUGCAGGGAUCCCUUGCCGUGCAGCUGGGGCCUCCGGAAUCCCGCAACUCCAGAAGCGAGGAUCCCAACAUCCGGGUGCAACAGCAGCAGCACGGCGGCGACGAGCUGCGAAUUAACUGCCCCAAGGACCUCAAGGAGUCUAUCGUGCGAUUCCUGGAGUCCCAGGCGACAAGAAACAGCAUCAACCACCUAACCGCCGCUACAGCCGCUGCCACCGCCCAGAGCCCCACCACUGCGGCGGCCGCUGCUACCGGCACCGCCGGCCAACAGCAGCGGCAGCAGCAUCUUUGCAGUCCACCUAAGCACCACCGUCAGCAGCAGCAGGUGGAGGUGGAGCAGCAGCGGCCGUACGUGACCGAGGUGGAGGAGGCCGCGCUGCGGAGUACCGUGAAGUAUCCCCCUGGAGGAUUCACCCUUCCAGAGGUUGCUGAUGUGCCGAGGAAUCCAUGGGAGGCGGUUGCCGAUGGUGCUGCCGCCGUCCCGGCGACAGCGGAUCCCGCCGUUGUCGAAGCAGAUGAAGACGCCGGAAGCUACAGCUCCGCGGAUAGCACCGCUGGCGGGGGCUGUGGUUUUGAGAGCUGCUGCUCUGACUCCUUUCCUGUAGGAGCGCCAGCGGCGGGCCUGCCGGUGGCAACCCGUACUACGCACGGCACCGCGGCAGCACCGGUGCUAUCGUCUGUGGAUGCGCUGCUGCCGUCGACACCGCCGCUAGGGUGUUCUCCGGCGGCCAAUGUGGCUGGUGGUUCCGGAAUCGGAGCCGCUGAAUGCCAGGAGAAGGGCCCCAUGGACCGGUCCGAGUUCCGCUCCCUCAUGUCGUAUGCGUCGUCAUACAAGUCGUCGGUUGCGGCCCGGCCGAACUCUCCGCGGCGGGAGCUUGCGAGCCACGGGUUGCCUGUAGCAUUCGACGGGGUGGACUCGCAGGAGGCCAGGGCCGCGGCGAUGGUACCAGUGGCCGGGCCCGCAUCUGCAGCGCCGGCUUGUGGUAAUGACGGGAGUGGUGGCGUCAGUGGUGGUGGCUGUGUUACCCUCCAUAAGAGUCCCGAAAGCAUUCUGGGUCUUCAAAACCUGGGUCUGGAGGGCUGGGUUGAGAGUCAUCGUCGCUGGGAGAGCCGUUACCUGGAGGACUGA